GCGGAAGCUGGGGGACAGGGGGGCGGAGCCCGGCACAAGAUGGCGUCUCUACGCUGUAGGCGAGAUCCCUGCGGCGUUAUCUGUCUGAUUUUAACUUAUUUUAGCGUGUUUUACGCGGACUACGUGGUCAUACAGUAUGUCCUCAUCCCCACCUACUCGGGCAGUGUGUGGUGUACUCUACAUGGAUCAGUCUUCAACCUGAUUCUGCUGCUGCUGCUGGCCUGCCACUCCAAAGCUGUCUUCUCAGAUCCCGGUAUGGUGCCUCUCCCUGACACAGCCAUAGACUUCUCAGACCUUCGCUCGCAGUCGUCUCGGAUGAAUGAGCGAGGCUGCGAGGGCUGGACCGUGUGCAGCCGCUGUGAAACCUACAGACCUCCCAGAGCGCACCACUGCCGUGUCUGUCAGAGGUGUAUACGCCGCAUGGACCAUCACUGUCCGUGGAUCAACAACUGUGUCGGGGAGCUGAACCAGAAGUAUUUCAUCCAGUUUCUCUUCUACACCGGUAUGGCCAGUCUGUACUCCAUGGUGCUGGUGGUGUCGGCCUGGGUGUGGCGGAUAAGGAACGAGAGAGGAGGCGACGCAGAGAAGGACGGAGAGGAGACGCCCAGCAAACACCUGAUAGUUGCUCACUACAUCAUCCUCCUGGUGGAGUCGGUGUUGUUUGGUGUAUUUGUCAUGGUUAUCUUCUAUGAUCAGUUGGUCUCCAUAAUCACAGACGAGACUCCCAUAGAGCAGAUGAGGAACCGGCUGAUGAUCAAGGACAGAGGCUCUUCAUCUUCCUCUGCUUCAUCCUCCUCCUCACAGCUGCCUCACCACCCAUCACACACCCGCAAGCCGAAGCUCGCUCUGCUGCGGGAAGUCUUCGGAAGAGGUUCAAUCUUUUGCUGGCUUCUGCCUCUCCACUCCAGCCCUCCGUCUGUCGGCGGCAUCACCUACUCCGCCCUGCCCGACUAUGACGUCUGACCUUUGACCUGUGAGAGCGAGAAGGGACGAGGAAAAGAUGGCGAGGGAGGUUUUGUGUGUGUGUGUGUGUGAGAAUGAGUUUUCUGCCUAACUAUGAUGUCUUAUCUUUGGACCUGAGAGAUGAAGAGGAAGGAGGACGAAGGCCGAGAUGGGGGAGAGUGAGUGUGUGCAAGGUGAAUGAAUGAAUGAAUGUUUGGAGUGUGUUUGGUUUUAUCCCCCAGGACUUAAAAAAAAAUCAGCCUCAGACCCCAGACUCAUGAAAAUCUCUUCUCUGUCUUUCCUGUCAUGAGGGAAGAGCACUGACGGCCCCUGAUUAGUCCCGAUCGAUAGUUAACUACCAGCAUUCUCUUAUUGUUUCGACAUAAGUGGAGGUUUUGACCCUGUGAGGACACUGGGGUUUGACUGAUGAGGGUUUAACAAGGCUGAUGUGAAUAUUUUAUACUGAAGCUGCUGAUAUUGGGUUUAUUAACCAACUUAAAAUUUGACUUUUUUAUGUCCAGUAGUUUAAAUAGUCAGAUUUGGACAUUUAGGCCAUCAUGAGACAUUAAGACUGUCCAUAGAAACCACUAGAUGCUGAUGACGGAGCCUAAUAAACAGUCUGCAAAUUAUUUAUGUGUUCUUCCAAGAAACGGGGGUAGUUUUCACAAAACAUCCGAAGAGUAAAAGGUUAGGUCUGAGAGAAGUUAGAGACAGUCCGGACGACUUCUAAGGCCAGUGUUAUACUUAACGAAUCCGUGAGUACGCAAGGGAUUUUUCAGAAAUCUUGUCAGUGGAGGUUGUAUACCGAGGCUCUGUGUGGACAUCCGUGAUUCCACAAAUUUGUUGUGUCCUAUGCAGACUUGUAUUUUAGAAAAAUACAGUGAAAACAAUGAGGAUUCCUAAGUCAGUUCAUUCACGACCUGGGUAAACCUUGCGUCUACUUUUAGUUCGGACUUCUCUCAGUUCCUUCGUAAAAGUUGUUUUGUAAAAAGGUUUUCAUCUUCACUCCACCGAGGAGGAUCCCUAAGGUGAGAUGAGAAGUUACUUUGUUUAUACAGCCAACAACGAUUACCGAGUCGAUUCCCGACUUUGAUCCGUAUCGACCCUCGUGUCAGUCAAACCCCAGUGCAUUUUUUGCGACAAUGCAUUUGAGGGAGUUGACUUCUUGCCAGUAUUUAUGCUAACAGAUGUUUUAGCAUAUAAACUUUCUGUUGUCAGUCCUUAACAAGCUACUGAAGGAGGUCAGGAGCAGUGGCUCUUAGUGCUUUCUAGACCUCCAAAACUGAAAACUGAUCAAAACUGCCCUUGUGUUUGUUGAGUACUGAAUUAGUUUGUUACUGAAUUAUGUUACGCAAGGUGACAGAGAAAUUAUUUAUGUUUUGUGUACAGAAUCAAAUUCUGUUUAAUUUUUUUCCUGCCCCGCUCAUUAUCCAAGUUGAGCUUUAAGAUUUAAAAAAAAUGACUGGAGAUGCACUGAUAUGGAUUUUUAAAACUGAUAUCUAACAUUUUUCCAUCCUGUAUCAGUGGAGCUUAGUGACGUAACAGGUGCAAAACAGGUUAAGCUUUAAUGUUUUUUGAGGAAACUGAUCAUUGACAAUACUUUUACAGCAUGCUGAUGUGCACUACAAGGCCAAAAAUAUGUGGACACCUGGACAUUACACCCAUAUCUCACUGUUGGACAUCUCAUUUCAAAACGACAAGCUGCUAAACAGUUGUACAGUUGAAACUGUUGUGUAAAAUAUAAUUGUGUGCUACGUUAAGAUUUCCCUUCAAUGGAACAAAGCCCAAACCACAAAUAACAGAUGUCCACAUACUUUUGGCCACAUGUUGGAUUAGUGCAUAUUGUAUCCAACAGCUUAAUACAAACACCAAAAACCACUGUAGGUCAAUGUAUUUUCUAUUAUUUAUUUGUUUUUAUUCUAAAAUCAACCACUCGAGCUCAAGGUAUCAGAUUACACCACGACCGAAACACUAUAGAAACAUUUUUAAAGGUAAUUUUUCGUGUUUAGCGAGAUGACAGACACUAGCUAUUUGCCCUCAUUACUUGCUGUGAAUUAAUACACCCAAACUGAUGAAGUAAUAUAAAUAAUAGAGACAAAUAAGGUCUUUAAAGAGUUUGGUGUGAUGCCUUGGGUUCAUAAGCAAACAGGAAAUGGAGAAGUCUAAAAAAUGAUUCCUUUUUUGUGUUUUGUUUAAUUUUUUUCACCAUUCCUGUGUUUAUUUUGAAGUACAAAGAAGUUUGACGUGCUACUAACUGUGUUACACUGUGUUACACUCACACAUAUACAGACAUAUAUAAACACAAACAUGCAAAGAGGGUGUGAUUUAAGGUUUAAAAAAAGAGGGGGAUGCUGGACAAAGAGACACAAGUAUUGUUUACUGUCACACUACCCUUAAAUUCUGUUGUUAGCCCCGGAAAUGGAAGUAAUAUUUUGUGUCAUUCAUUCCUCUUUAAAUCACCCCAACACAAAUACACAAAUACACAAACACACAUAUUCAGAGUACACCUCUCAGUAUUCUGCUAAAUCUCAGUGAAGGGAUGUUUCUUAACUUAUUCAUUGUUUCUAACUAUUCCGUGGAGUUGACUCUACCAGUAACUGUAUUUUUUAUGUGAGGGGUGAAGCUGCCUUUGCUCUCUGAUCUGGAUUUACAUUUGCUGCCUCCUUAAUGUGAUGGGGACGUUGUAGUCUCAUAGACUUAACAAGACUUUUUUGUUGAUGUGGAUGUGGGCAGAGCUUUCUGUCUGCUUUCUGAUGGGCUCUGAAGAAAUUCACUUGAUUGAUCAUUGGGAAAACGAAUGAUGAAUUAUUGAUUAAAUGGGCUACUAAAGAAAGUGUGGUUUUCCUCAAUGAAAUCUUAAUUCUAAGAACAAAUUAUAGUUAAUACGACUUCCUCCACUGUCACCAUGUUUGUUAUUAGAAAGUUUCGACUCAGAGCUGCCCUCUAGUGGAUGUAUUGGUUAACAUCCAUGCUAACGAAAGGGACAAAUGGAAGUACAGUUGAUAUGUGUUCACAUCAGAAGCUGAAAUAACAAGUAUAACCAUCAAACACUCACUGCAACACAAAGGCAGCUUCACCCAUCAGUGUGUUUUUAUCUCUGUGUGUAUAUAGUUAUUCAGAAUUCUGUGUUUGACCUCAGCUUAACACACAUUUCAGAUACACAAGGGAACAUUAUGACAAGUGCUUAUAUUAAUUAUCCAUUUUAACAUAGUAUCAUGAUGGGCCUCUAAAAACUGCCAGUCGGGAGAUGAAGUCACUUGUUUCCUCUGAAAAGCUCUGUUUUUUAUAUCAUGUGACUUUAAUCACAUGGACUGAUCUGGAUUUUUUAAUAUACUUUAACAUGUUUGAAGGAAAAAUUUACUGAUAAUGACUCUUUGAUUUAACAAAAUUAAGUUUAUCCUCAAGUCUCUCAACAAAUUAACUGGAAACCUGGAGCGACGUUAGCAGUGGUUAUGAGAAGCAUACAGCCUCGUUUAAGACUUUGUAAUACUGCAUUCACAAAAAAAAAAAAAGUCUGACCAACACAUUAUUUGCAUUUGUAAAAGGUAUCAAAGAGCCUUACUUUUACUUAAAGUAAACCAGCUGCUGUGUUGAAUCCAAAAUGUUUCCACACAUUGUUCUCCGAUGGUUUGCUGUCAUGAUUAUCUGUUUGGCCAGUAUUGCUAGUGUCAAGCAGUAGUUCAGUAUUUUGGUAAAGACGUUAGUUUGUUUCUUCUUCUCCUCCUUCUUUUUGCUCAUGGUCUAAAUGUGCAUUUUCUUCAGUAAGGCUUAAUGGGUCAGACGUCCGUCAAGCUAAAAGAGGCCUUACUUCUGUUGGGUUGUGGGCUGUAGAAUUGGGGCGGAAGCUCGAGGGAACAACUGGUUGUAAUUUUUCCCAAAUGUUUCUCAUAACCAUUGGUGACCACUCUCCAAAUACUUCUUGACAGGCAGUUACAUUUACAAUACAGCCUCUGUACUAGGUUUGGUUUUCUUUAACUGUACAUAAAAAGGUUCAUAUUUUAUAUUGACGAUGUGCAAUUCUCAUGAAGGGAACGUUACUGAACUCAGAGCAUCUUGUUUAUUCGGUUUGUUUGUUUUUUUGUUGUUUUCUAUCGCGAUCUAGGGUAAAACAAAACAAGGUUUGAAAUGUUUUUGUUUUUGUGAAUAUUUUCAAGAAUUGUGAGAUGCAUGAGGUUUUCUCCUUUAAUUAGUCUCCUUGAAUUUAACUUUUUUGGCCAUAAUUAAAGAGUGAUGGAGGCAAUAUUAGGUUCUCCUGCCUUUCUUUUGGAAAAAUCAGAAUAAUUUGCGAUGAUCCCACAUCACUCAGUCUUACAAAUUAAACCAAGUGCACCUCAAAUUUGUCAGAAACAUUUCAAACUGUACAUGUUUUUUGUCCAGGUGUGUGUUAACUAUCAGGGUAAUGGCUUGCUUGUUUGAUUCUGUUGAGAAAUGCAGUUGAUCUGUUUUUUCCAUUCAUUUAUUUCAUAUCAAUGUUGAUCAACAGGGUGCGCUUGUUUCAUGCACAUCGUUACGGUUUCCUCCUCAGCAACAGAACUGAUUCACCCACUGUUCGCUGAAACAAAACAAGCGCACCCUGUUUGCUGUUUUACUUGACAGCGGGAAGGAAUGUGUGUACAAACAAAGAGGGCAUGAAAUUGACAUUUAGCCGCCAGCUAAACACUUGGAUAUUAGACAUUCUAGACAAACUUAGGACAAAUGAAUUGAUUAUGAGCUGAACCGAUCCAACAAAAUGUCACACAUGACUGUUUGAAAUACUAAAUUAAAACAAUAACACUCAAUGCUCUUGUCUUUAGCUUUUUUUAGUUGAGACAAGAGUGAACUGAUUUUGCACACUCAGCGCACUUUGGCUCCUGAGGAGUUUUUCCUCAGCUGGUAAAACUUUAUAUUUUUUGGCUGGUUGGCUGAAAACGUUAGUUUCACGCCCUGCAAACAAAACCAACAAAGAGUCUAAUAUCAUGUGGCUUCAUGAUGAACAAGUUUACAACCAACUGAUGUUUUAUUUAUUGUUACUAUCUUGAAACCGUGACCUGUGUAUUAUUCCUAUUGACAUGCUGCUCUGGCUCGUUCAACUGGAAGUAAAACGGAUGUCUUUUAAUCUA